AUGUCCACAGAUAUUACUGAAAAGAUAGAAAAAGUUCAUGAAAAACGUAAACCUAGAUUUAAAGCCCUUUUCCAGUACAUUUGUAUAUCAUUAUUACUUAUUGCUGCAGUAGAGUAUUUCAAAUAUUCAACUAGAAUUCACUAUGAGUGGUUCCAUUGUACUGCUGUAAAGGAACAAAUCAACUAUAUCGAUGGAUCUGAAUCAUCUGUAAACAAAAUUUUCGCUAAGGGUGGUCCAAGUUGUGAUAAGAGAGGUGAAUUGAAAAUAAUAAUGAAAAGAAUUACCCGUGACUAUGAACCAAAUGAUGAAAAUUUCUCAUUCUGUAUUGUAGAAAAUGAAAAUGUGCCAUCUAUUCAUUAUCCUUUAACUGAAGAUAAAGGCCAACCCGGUUAUUACGCCUUUGUUGGUUAUGAUUAUGACAAAGAAUUGGUAAAAGAAGUAUGUAAAGAUUCCACCAUUUAUCAUAUGUAA